GGUCACAACCCUUUUUAACACCCGGACACUGGGCCGAUCCUUUCUGGCCACGAGGAACUCGCUUCCCUAAAGGAGUACCGCAUUCCCGAGGGCGGGCGCCUCAGCCCGGGAGGACAGUCCCCAGGGUAAACUACAGGCCUCACAAAGCGGAGGGAGCUGGACGGGAAGGCUCGGCAGCGGCGCCGACAGGCUUACCCCAGGCCCACUCUAGGCCGCACAGGGGUCGCGCCACCUCCGGCCCAGGACAGCUCUCAGACGCUGCCAGCUUGGAGCCCGACCCGGCUCACAAUGCGCUGGGCCCCGCAGCGUGAGCGCAGGCGCCCGAGAGGCGGCGGGGGUCGGGCGGACGGCGCGCUCCAGCCGAGCCACCUCCCUCUCCCGGCCCACACCCGUGCGGCCGCCCUCCGCCUGCCGGGGAGCUGCGGGUGGCUGGAGGGCGGGAAGCGACCGGCCAGCCUGCACCUGCAUGACCCGGUCGCGCGCCGACCCCUCCCCUCUCUCUCCCGGGUUCAGCCCUCCUUCCUCUUCCGUCCCCCUCCCUUUUCUCCGGGCUGCAGCCGGGCUCCGCCCCGCUCGCGCGGCUGCCCGGCCAGCUGUGAUGUCACCAGGCCACGCCCCCUAAUAUAAAUACUGGCGUCGCUAGCGCCGCCUUCUCACACUUUCAGGCUCUGAUCGCGGACGCAGCUUUUCUUUUUUUCUCCUGCCGUCGCCUUCUCUGCCUCUUCUCAUCCUUUCUCGCUCUGCUGCUCUGCAGUGUGACGAGUCCGAAUCCUCUUCCACUCAGCCCGCGCCUUUCUUCUUUUGCCUGCGCUGUUCUAUUUCUCCUUCGGCCGCCGCCGCCACUGCUGCACACAGCUGGUGUCGGUGCCGCGCUUUUACCCCCAAGUCGUUCCCGCAGCCUAUGGCCCAGGCCGCCUUGGGUAUUUCUGCUCAAGGUAACCACAUCCCUCUUUAAAAAUUCCGCCGAAAAAGAGAAGACGCUUUACCCGACUCUUUGGGCCGUUAUCUCACGGCGAACUUUCUGACCAAGUAUACAACUACCCAGAGGGCCUAGGAGAAGUGCUGUAUAGAGAGCAGUUCGACUUCAACGCUGAGCCACCUUGGGAACCUAGCUGAUGAUAGGGGGGUUCCAUCUCCCAACUUGUCCAUGGAGGUCUUCACUUCAGAAAUCCAAGACUCAUAUUCAUCCAGCUUGGUGUCAAGUGGGCUGUUGCUGCCAGAAUUAUCUUGUGAUUAUUUGAGAGAUGUAUCAGUUUCUUCUGAAGUACAAUCAACUGUAGAAGCCUUUGUAGCAGUUUGUUGCAUAUUCUAAGGACCCAGACAUAGGCUUGGUGGCCCGUCUCUUGUCUUUCCUGGUUUAUGACUUUCGGCUUUGUGGAAUACGGCUGAGAUGAAAGGAUUUAUUGAUGAUGCAGACUACUCCGUUGGCCUGUUGGAUGAAGGAACAAACCUUGGAAAUGUUAUUGAUAACUAUGUUUAUGAACAUACCCUGACAGGGAAAAAUGCAUUUUUUGUGGGAGAUCUUGGAAAGAUUGUGAAGAAACACAGUCAAUGGCAGAAUGUAGUGGCUCAGAUAAAGCCAUUCUACACAGUGAAGUGCAACUCUGCUCCAGCUGUACUUGAGAUUUUGGCAGCUCUUGGAACUGGAUUUGCUUGUUCCAGUAAAAAUGAAAUGGCUUUAGUGCAAGAGUUGGGUGUACCUCCAGAAAACAUUAUUUAUAUAAGUCCUUGCAAGCAAGUGUCUCAGAUAAAGUAUGCAGCAAAAGUUGGAGUGAAUAUCAUGACAUGUGACAACGAAAUUGAAUUGAAGAAAAUUGCACGUAAUCACCCAAAUGCCAAGGUCUUACUACAUAUUGCAACAGAAGAUAAUAUUGGAGGUGAAGAGGGUAACAUGAAGUUUGGCACUACCCUGAAGAACUGUAGGCAUCUCUUGGAAUGUGCUAAGGAACUUGAUGUCCAAAUAAUUGGGGUUAAAUUUCAUGUUUCAAGUGCUUGCAAAGAAUCUCAAGUAUAUGUACAUGCUCUAUCUGAUGCUCGAUGUGUGUUUGACAUGGCUGGAGAAAUUGGCUUUACGAUGAACAUGUUAGACAUUGGUGGAGGAUUCACGGGAACUGAAUUUCAAUUGGAAGAGGUUAAUCAUGUUAUCAGCCCUCUGUUGGAUGUCUACUUUCCUGAAGGAUCUGGUGUUAAGAUAAUUUCAGAACCCGGAAGCUACUAUGUGUCUUCUGCAUUUACACUCGCAGUUAAUAUCAUAGCAAAGAAAGUUGUUGAAAAUGAUAAAUUUCCCUCUGGAGUAGAAAAAACCGGAAGUGAUGAACCAGCCUUCAUGUAUUAUAUGAAUGAUGGUGUUUAUGGUUCUUUUGCAAGUAAACUGUCUGAGGACUUAAAUACCAUUCCAGAGGUUCACAAGAAAUACAAGGAAGAUGAGCCUCUGUUUACAAGCAGCCUUUGGGGUCCAUCCUGUGAUGAGCUUGAUCAAAUUGUGGAAAGCUGUCUUCUUCCUGAGCUGAAUGUGGGAGAUUGGCUUAUCUUUGAUAACAUGGGAGCAGAUUCUUUCCAUGAACCAUCUGCUUUUAAUGAUUUUCAGAGGCCAGCCAUUUAUUACAUGAUGUCAUUCAGUGAUUGGUAUGAGAUGCAAGAUGCUGGAAUUACUUCAGACUCAAUGAUGAAGAACUUCUUCUUUGUGCCUUCUUGCAUUCAGCUGAGCCAAGAAGACAGCUUUUCCGCUGAAGCUUAAACAGGCAUUAACGCUUCUUUAGAUCUGAAGUUGCAGAUUAAGCUUGUCUGGUCAACAUUCCAGUGUGGAAAAAUAAUUUAAACAAUCUUAUUCUUUUAAUUCUUUUGGCAACAAAAACUAUUAGUAAUAGCUAUUUGGGACCAGACAAAAUCAGCUUUCAUCUAUAAUUCAUUGGGGAUAAUGGGAGAUUUAGAUAAUGUAUCCAGAUUUAAACCUACCAGUUUGUCCUACCCCUUAAGCGUUUAAAAUAAAAUAUGCAACAAAAUGGAUGACUUAGUGGAGAUGGAAGCCCAUUAAUUGGGUUCCCCAUUAAAUCGUUUACAUACAAGAACACAGUUUUUAUACUAAGGAUUUGUGUUUAAAGUCUUGUAAAGUUCAUGUCUUUCACCCAGAUAUAUCAAAUGUUAGCAGAAGACCAGUGUGACUUCAUUAGAUAACGUUUAGUGUAUUUAGAAUGUGUAAAUUUGUGCUUUGAACUGUAGUUUAAUAAAUGUAAAAUUGCAUCAUAGUAUUUGUUGACCUAAUGUAACCCUUGUAUGAUUGCAAUAAAAUUUUGUGUAGAUUUUACUGUUUUUUUCAGGCUAAAACUUUGGGAAAGGGGCUAGCUAGCAAAGGUAGUUUUGAAAUAGAUGUGUAUAUGGACUGUUUUGAAGGGUUUUUUUCUUUAUAGCCCAGUUAAGUUUUGUUUGGCUCAGUGCAUUUUUCAUUUAUUUAAUUAGUAAUUUAAGUAAAGUGUUUGGUAAAUCAUUGUGAAGUUCAGAUUCAUUAUGGAGAGUUGAUGUGCAGUAAGCAUGAUGUUUAACAAUUUUAACACCAAAAAUGUUAAUCCUGCAUAAAUCAAUUGUAAUAAUAAAUAGGUGUUUCUGUAUAGAUAGAAUGCAUAGAGUACCUUAGUAAAUCUUUGAAUCACAGUCUUUUGGCUGAAAUGGAAGAUUCUGUUAAAUACUUUGAAUAAACUUGGGGGGAGGGAAAUAAAAUUGCAGAAAACUGCAGAGCACUAAAACUUAAAGAAGGGCUACAUCUUUAUCCAGAAACCUGUUGCUCUUUUGCACGGAAUGUUUAAAUUCAGAGUUGGGAUGGGGGUUGGGGUGAAGCACACUUAUUAUCUUCAGUUGCAGUGAUUUCAAAUUUAGGAUUUUUUGUUGUUGGUUUGAACUGUCCCCUUAGUUUCUUGUUAUUUCCAAUUUGUUCUGCUUAGUCAUUACUUUUAAUUCUUUUCUUACUAAAAUUUUAUGGUGAUUGGGGGAAGGGAGUUAGCAUCACUAACCUGACAGUUGUUGCCAGGAAUUUGCUUUGUUUACUGCUAGUAUAUUAGAAAUCCUAGAUCUCAGAAUCACAAUAGUAAUAAACAACAGGGAUCAUUUUUUCCUAACUUACUCUAUGUUCAGGUGUGGAAUUUCUGUCUCCCAAGAGGAAAUGUGACUUCACUUUGGUGCCAAUGGACAGAAAAUUCUACCUGUGCUACAUAGGAGAAGUUUGGAAUGCACUUCAUAGCUGGUUUUUACACCUUGAUUUCGAGGUGGAAAGAAAUUGAUCAUGAAUCUCCAAUAAAUUUAAAUCUCUUAAAACCAGUAGGUGCUUAAUAUUUUUUGAUUUAAUUAAUGCCCAUUUGAAUCUCAUGGGUUCUAUUAAAAUAUAUAUAUAUAGGACCCUAAUCUGUUGCCAUCAAAUUGCCCUUGGACUUUUUCCAAGGUAUAUUAUGGGGUUUUAUGCAAAAUUCCAAGCUACCAUGUAACUUUUUUUUAACCAUUUAACAAGGAGGGGGAACUGUUUCCUACCUUCUUUACAUGUGCAUUGUUGUGGUCCAGAAAUGCCAAACCUUUUUAAAGAUGGUGCAACUUUGAGUCCUUGGCUUGACUAUACAGGCCUUGAACUUCAUGGCAUAUCAACUUUGCCAUAUCUGCAGGAGAGCUGUUCUAUAUGAAACAGCUCAGAGUUGCAAAUAUCACAUGUGAAUGACACGGUAACUUUUAAGAAAUGUCUGUAUUGUAUUUGAAGACUGUUUGCCAUAAAUCUGAAAUUUGAACCUAUGUAUUUCAAUUUGGUAUGCUAAAAAGUUCUGAAUUAAUGUAAAUUUUUUUGUUGUAAUAUUGUAAUCUCAGUUCAAAAGUUAACUGAAAAUAUAAAACCCAAUGAUUUCUAUAUAGUAAAUUGAACUGUAAAGGUAACUUGUGUGUGAUUCUGAAUACAUAGAUGUUUUUAUUCCUCA